CAAAAUUAUCGAAAAUCGGCUUUCUCCAGCAACAGCUGUUUGCGCACAUGUCUAGUAAAGCGUGCAGAUAAUUGAAAGCGAAAACAAGUGAAAAAUUCGUUUUUUUAAUAACAGAAAUAUAUACAAAAGGAUAAAAUCGCAAUGUCGUUUAAGAGGUUAAAAGUUCGUAGCGAUCUGCUUCCGCAAGCUACCAAUCCCACAAGUGAGUGCACCAGAUGCGUUAAUUUUCAAGAACAAUUUAAUGAAAUUAAAGAACGCGAAGAAAACUUGAAAUUAUCUAUGUUAGACAAGUUGGAGCAAAUCGAAAAAAACCACCUUUUACAAAACAAAGCUCUUAUGACAGUUUUGGCAGAACAUAAAAUUUUAAUCAGCAAGCUAAUUCGCCAGGAAUCUCUUGCUGCGCCCAUUGGCGACCUCUUUCCAAUUUGUACCGAUGAAGCUUUAGCCGCCGUAGAUGAAAAAAUAUUUCAGGACAACCGAGACAUUUACGUAAGCAUUGAAUCUUACUAAUGGUGUUUUCUUUUCUAGAGAAAAUGGUGCCUUUUUACUGUCCUCUCCUAAGUAUUUGUGCAAAAUGUUUCGGUAGAAAA